CAAGGAGUCCUCCAACCUCUGAUGUGGACUGUCCCUAUUUGUUUCUCUCUUCCGUAUUGUUCCUUUCAUUGUUCUGCUGCCAUCUGCGCCUUGUGAUCCCCAAUUUAUGCACCUCCUUCCUUCUCUCUAUUCAAGACCAUAAAAAUAUUUAACCAAAAACUCUGUUUCACUCUGUCUUGAUCCGGUUGCUUCUGGUAGAAAUUAGUUUUUUUUUUCUUUCUUCUUGUUUUUACUUCGUUUCUUUGACUUCAUGGUGACAUGAUUUUCUUUGAUGACCGUGAUGAAUUCAAUUAAUUCAUAUCUUCUUCGCACGGCUACAUUAGUUAUUGUGGUUCUAUAUCUUAUCUCCCCAGCCUCUGGCUUUAACCAGCAACAGCAGCCUCCAAGUUCAUCUCAUCGGGGCUUGUUAUUUGAGGAGAAAAGCAGGCUUGGGUCGACCCCCCCGAGCUGCCAUAACAAGUGCAACGAGUGCCACCCAUGCAUGGCGGUCCAGGUGCCGACCAUGCCAAGUCAGCCGGGUUUGAGUCGUUUGGCGCAAACCGCUCCGACGGAGUUCUUCGACCAAUCGCCUCGAGGUAACAGGUACUCCAAUUACAAGCCAUUGGGUUGGAAAUGCCGUUGCCAAGAUCGCCUUUUCAACCCCUAGAAGAACAGAGUUCAUGACAAAAUGGUGUUGGGUCUGUAAACUGCCAUCGAUUUAUCUGUAAUUUUGUGGUUAUUUUUAAUUUUAGAUUUUGUUGAAGAGGUCCCCGUAAUUUCUUUUCUUAAGAAAUAGGACGGACAUGUCAAUGGUGCCACCGGCCCACCAUUAUAUGUAUACUCUGAAAUUCUAUACAAUGUACAGAAAUCGCAACAGACCUUCCCCCUCCAACUUCAUUGUUUCUCAUUUUCUUUCUGUUUUUAAUUAAUCCCUGUUUUAGGACCUUUCAUUUUAAUUAAUGGGAUUUUUUAUUUUUUAUUUUUUGCUUA